AAAAAGCAGAAGAGAAAGAGGUUGGAGAUAAAACCCAAAAGCAACAACUCUCCUUUUUUCUUCCUAAAAAAGCAAAGCCAUCUUUUUUGAGGUUUGUUUACAAGUGAAGAUGUUCAGAUCCAAGUCAUGCAGAGAAGAGAUCAGAAGUAGCAGCAUCACCCACAAGUACCAUUGCUUCAGUCAUGGAGGAAAAUCAGAAGCAGAAGCAGCACCAAGCCCAACAAACUAUCAGCCUCCAGUGAUGAUGAGAUCUUACAGCACAUCAACUUAUAAUGCAUACAAGAAUCCAACAAUUGUGAGAGACAAUUCCAACAGUAAAUCCAAGAGAAGCAAUAAGGUGAAGAAGAAAGGGUUCACGGGUUUGUGUGAGGCAGAGAUUCAGAGAAAGAAGAGAGUGGCUUCUUAUAAUGUGUAUGGUGUUGAAGGGAGAGUGAAGGAAUCUAUGAAGAAAAGCUUCAAAUGGUUUAAGGAGACUUGUUCAAAUGCUGUUUAUGGUUUGUGGUGAUCCAACCACAAAUCUUCUCUUGUUGCCGCAUUGCUAUGUCUGUUUUCAUUCUUGUUCCAAGUAUGAUGAUUGUUGUAAUAUCUUAAGCUACGAUAAAUACAAGUAAGAGCCUUAA